CUAACAGAAAGUUGCUACCAGAGACAUCUUCCACUUCAAGAUCUCUGCCUGAAGAAAGUCAAGUGAACGGACUUCUAUCCCAUUCUCCCUCCUCACCAAACAGGGAUACAAGAGCAAGCCAUGUAGCUUCUUGUUCCUCCUCUCCAUCUAUGAAAGACAGUCUAGCAGAUACAAUAACCCAUAACAGGAGCUCCAACUACCAGAGGAAAUCUCUUUCUGGACGGAGUAUCGUCCGAUCCUUGGAUGAGUUGUUCUCAGAUGUGGCUGAUAUACAUAAUGAUAUUUCCAGCAACAGUGAUUUCAGAGUGAAUAUUUUGAGCCUGGAUGAACUAGAACCUUGCCAAAAAACAGAAUUAAAAGAAGAGGUAAUACAAGCAGUUGAGAAGUCAAACAAGAACUUAGGAGGAACAGUUCUGUCUCCUGCUAAUCCCCAAAGCCUCUUUAAAACCUCAGCUGUGUCCUUGGAGGAAGAGGAAAACCUGGAAGAAACUGAGAUAUCUGAGCAGCUAAGCAGCAGUUCUGCUGGAUAUUCCCCUUGCAAGGAGGAAAGCCUCAACAAUACUGAGUAUUCGGAAGAUUUUGAGCCCUCAUCAUUUUCUCCCACAUCUAAGGAAACAGGAGGAGAAUCGUCUUCUGAAAAGUCAGAUGACCUGCUGGGUGCCUCAGUUCAUUCCAUCCAAUCUAAAUUAUCUUCUCCCUGCUGCCCUUCUGUGGCACCCGAGGGCACCAAAGCCAUAAAGAAGAUAGAGGUGAAAGAAGCAGCUGUUCAGACCGGUUCCUUCUCACUUGCCUAUCAUAGGUUACAGUAUGAUGUUCCUGUUGUUGUUGGCCAUGCAAUACCACAAAGCUCUGCUGAGGCUCCGUGUGUUAGCAGCCAUAAACUGAACAUGGAAGUCAUAGAAGCUCUCUCAAUGUACAAUCCAUCCAUCUCUGUUUUGAAUAACAUGUUAAAACAAAACUUGCUGCUUAUUCAGCAGUCUGUAGAGAUCAAUCGACAUCUUCAUGCCUCCUUUGUGGCAUCACUGGAAGAGGAGGAAUACCGCUACCACACCUUGGAAGAAGCCAAAAUGUUUAUUCAACAGCACAAGCCCCUGCCUCUGACCGUGGAACAAGCCUUGCAAGAGCUGAAAGAACAAGAACAAAUGGCUUCUUAGGUUCAUUACUCCCUUUCAGGCCUGCAAAAAAAUGGACAGCACUACAGUUUUAGAAAGAAGGCUAAAGUAGUAGUUUCUUCAGUCAAGCACAAAGUCUUGGGAAUCACAACUUGAAAUAUGCAUUUAGCUGGAUUUUUUUGAAGAGAAACCUCAACAGAGAGAUUCUUUACCGCAUUUUGAUGUAAUUAUGCAAUGUACAAUUCAGUGCUGCAAAUUAAAGUCAAUCUCUGAACCUUCCUCUACAUUGGCAGUAUCAAAUGAGACUGAGAAAAUAUUCUGUUGCUGCAUCAGCUAUUAAUAAAUCUCAUCCUUAUAUAGAAAA